UCAGUCUUAAAGCAGUGCUCGUCUUUGAUUCACGCUCCCUGCGUCCUUACAUACUAAACAUGGCGCAGCCGGUUUUUAAAAUGGAUUGAUUUAUAGUUAAUAGUGGUAUUUGAACUGAGUGUUAAAAAUAAAGGGUUAUACCUACAGAUAUAAAGACGUAAAACUAAAAGUAAUUAAUUGCAAAGUACAAUGGAAUCAGUUUUGCAACCACCGCCGCCGUUCGUAUUUGAAAAUAAUCUUGUAAAUGUGACAUCUGGUAAUUUGAGCAAAGAGUGGGAUAAAUGGAAGAAGAGUUUUAUGAUUUAUUAUGCAGCGUGUGAAAUCGACAAAAAAGACGUGACAGUGCAGAUAAAUAUUUUACUUCAUGUCAUUGGUGAACGAUGUCGGGAUGUAUACGAUCAAUUUACAGAUAAGACGAAAUGUGACACGGUUAACAAAGUGUUGGAGAAAUUUGACUGUUUUUUCUUUCCAAAGAAAAAUUUAACAAUUGAACGUCACAGAUUUUUUACACGCGAUCAGAGCGAGUUCGAGUCCGUUGAACAGUAUGUGUUCGAAUUAAACAAGAUGGCCGUAAAGUGUGAAUUCAAAGACUUGUGCCAAGAUUUAGUGCGAGAUAGAUUAAUAUGUGGAAUAAGAGAUGGAUCCUUACGAGAACGUCUGUUAAGGGAACCAGAUUUGACGUUAACGAAGGCUGUGGAGAUCGGUAAUUUAGCAGAAUUAUCUCGCGCACAAGCUGUGACCUUGAAAUCAGAGAGUACUGAGCAUCACCAUGUUCAUGGAAUAACGAAUGAAAGUCAAAAUACUAACGCUCAAGUGAACGAGAUUGAUGCCAUACUAAAGAAUCGUCGAUUUUCUCGAGCACAGCGGUCAAGGUCAUCGCGCGCGCGGCCGGGCGGACAAUGGUCGCGCCCAGGCCCGUCGCGACAGCAGGAGCAGUAUCAGGACUCACGAGGUGCUAGAGGACGUCAAACAUCUUCACGGUACCACGAGGAGAGACAGUGGCACAAUACGCCGAGGUAUCGUGGUUGUUCACAGUGUGGUGGUGUGCAUGCAAAGUUUAAGUGCCCGGCAUAUGGACAACAGUGUUUAAAUUGUAAGAGAUUCAAUCACUACUCCAGAAUGUGUGGAGUCUAUGAGGUGCGCGAGGACUCUUCCGAUCAGGGAAGUACGACCUCCUGAUCGGUGGGGAUUCCCAGCCACAUCAUGAAGGGUCAACAACGUCCAGUGAAAUUAAACCCGGCGAAAAUUGUGAACAAUAAAUUACUCGUAAUGUUUAGAUUAAGUAACUUUAUAAUAGGCCAGCCAAAUAAAUUGCAUGUCUUUGUAAUUAUUAAAGUGUAAAUGUAAUAAUUAAGUUAACUAUAAUUUUUUUUGUUACUUACCUACCAGAUUUAUUUUUAAUUCACCUUACAGUCAAUUUAUAUAAAUGUAUUUACCACGUUACUUGCU